AUGUCGAAAAGAGAGUCCCAGGACUCCGGAUCGGCCACCCCGGUCGAGCCUGUCGAGCCUAUCGAGCUUGUUGAGCCUGUCGACGCCGAAAAGAAUAUCGCAACCUCCCCAUACAAUGGCUCAGGCACGGUGGAGGAUCCCUUCAUCGUCGAGUUUCAGAAAGACGACAUGAGCAACCCCAUGAACUGGGGCCAGGUCAGGAAAUGGUUCCUCACAGCUAUUGUCACCUUUUCCGUGUUUGCUGUUACGUUUACGUCUUCGGCGUAUUCCGUGUCAGCUGGUGAAAUCAUGACCGAGUUCAACAUUAGCAGCACUGUCUUCAUCACUGGUGUCUCUGUCUUCGUCCUGGGCUUCGCAAUUGGCCCUGCAGUAUGGGGUCCUUUGGUAAGUUUUGCUAUAUUCGCCCCGUCCGAGCUCUACGGCAGACAAGUGCCCUGGAUUAUCUCUCAUACUGCCAUGGUCGCCUUCAUGGCAGGCUCUGCCGGCAGCAAGAACAUUGCCACGCUUAUCGUCCUGCGUUUUCUUGCUGGCACCUUUGGAGGGUCACCUCUUGUCAACUCGGGUGGUGCUAUCGCGGAUCUCUUCCCUCCCGCACAGAGAGGCCUCGCCAUGACGAUCUACUGCGUCGCUCCCUUCCUUGGUCCCAUUCUGGGGCCGAUCGUUGGCGGGUUUGCCACUGAGAACAUCGGCUGGAGAUGGGUGCAGGGUAUAUGCACCAUCUUUAUUGGCGGUUGCCCACAAAUAGGCAUCAUCGGCGUCAUCUUCGUCCCCGAGACGUAUGGACCAGUGUUGCUGGCUAGGAAGGCGCAUGCUCUGUCUAAGGCUGAUGGAAAGGUCUACAUCAGUGUCCUGCAGAAGAACCAGGGCAAGAAGCAGCCGUCAGAGGUGUUUGGGCGAGCCCUGAUACGACCUUGGGUGCUCCUUUUCCGCGAGCCCAUUGUCCUCAUUGCCUCGCUCUACAUGGCCAUCAUCUACGGCACCGUCUACAUGUUCCUGGGAGCCAUGCCCAUCGUCUACAACGAGCUUCGCGGAUGGAGCCCCGGAAUCGGUGGACUCUCCUUUCUGGGCAUGGCUGUUGGCAUCAUCAUAGGUCUGGGAUAUGCCAUCUGGGACAACAACGGGCGCUAUAUGAGGCUGGACCCGGCGAAAAGAACGGCUGAGUCCCGUCUGCCGCCGGCCAUUGCCGGUGCCGUCGCCCUUCCCAUUGGCAUGUUUGCCUUUGCAUGGACAAACUAUCCCAGCAUCCACUGGUCCGUCAGCAUUGUCCUCUCGGCGCCGUUUGGCUUUGGCGUCGUCCUCGUCAUCCUGCCCAUCGUCAACUACCUGAUCGAUGCAUAUACGGUGUAUGCGGCCUCUGUCCUGGCAGCAGCAGCAGUCUUCCGCUCCAUCAUGGGCGCAGUAUUCCCAUUGUUUACUGACCAGAUGUACCACAACCUAGGAAUCCAUUGGGCGAGCUCCAUCCCGGCGUUUCUGACGCUGGUCUGCAUGCCCUUUCCAUUCUUCAUGUACCGCUACGGCGCAGUGGUGAGGGAAAAGUGCAAGUAUGCUGCCGAGGCCGCUGCGAUUAUGAAGAAGAUGCAGGGGCGAUAG